AUCACCAUAUUCAAGUGCUAUAACGACACUCCAUGUGUCGUCUCUGUUAGCGCAACGAAAUGAUCUUUACGGCAAACGUUUAUAAAGUGUACAGAUUAUUUGGUCCUGCUCGGUGCUUUAUUAUGCUCGGCUCAUGACGUUUUAGGCUUUGACAAGGGGCAUUGCCUCCUCUCACUCCCUGUGUAUGUAUUUGUCGAGUCCUUGUUUAAGCACUUGCUAUUGCGCAAUAUUUCUUGCAGGGAGCCCGCAAGCCCUUGAAAAGAAGAGGUCGCGGCUUGUCGCUGGUGCGGGCGCAAGCAUUUCAACGGCAGAAGGGAAUGGGGCUUGCAGCGAAUGUGGGAUGCAAGUGCACCAGCUGAAGGAGGAAAAUGAAGCCUUGAAGGCUGAAAUCCAAAGCCUGAAGAGGCUUCAGGAGGAGCACAGCUAUCUUACUGAAGCUGGCAAGAUGGUCAAGAGGCUGAAGAGGAUCCUCAACAAUGUUGAGAAGAAGCAAGACGAUCCCGUAAUUGCUUGCACAAAGGUUGACAUAGGAGGCGGGACGCUAAUUGACAAGAGUGUCCUGGAGCAGCUCAGCCGGGCCUGUGAUAGUGGCAGUGGCCCUGGCAAAUUUGCCAGGGUACUUUUGCGCCACGUCUUCACUGACGCUGAGCUCCGCGGCAAGUCUCUCUUUGGGGGCAAGGGCUGUCAUCUGGGCGAGGCUGUUCAGAAGGAGGCCCUUGACACUGUACGUGUUGAGGCUGUGAUAGGAUACACCUGCUCAAAGUUUCCUGGGGCCAGUGUGCCAUACAUCAAAAAUAGCCUUUCCUCGCUUCUUUCGCGAGAAAUAAAAUAAGUAAAA